CGAGCGAGAGAGACCGAGACCUUUGCCUGGCCGCUCGCUCGCGCGUUAUACUCUUAGACCUACCGUCGGACGCUCUACUAUUCGGGCCGCGCUGCUACCAAGUGUACCCGCUCUCACAGCAGCCAGCAGCAGCAGCCGACCGCCUGACUUUUCUUCUUCAGUCGACGCCGCGCACCCAAACGGUCCAGACCUACUACUGCCACAGCCAUUCGGUCCUAUACCCUCUGUAUCGGCUCUCGCGUAUCGUAUACCAUUGCUACCACUCGUCGUUUCGUCAAAGUGUCCUCUACGACAGUGUGCAUCGAGUGCUACGCUUUCUCGACUACUACUGUGAACCGACGAUUCUACUCUCCGGGACCAGCACACAUCGCAUCCCAGCCAGCGGCGAACGCGUACACUCUUCCACACACACGCAGACACAUACGUACGAGAGAAGCCGUCGCAGCAGCAGCAGCAGCAGCAGCAGCGAGUGGAGGGAGAGGCGCGCGCAGGCACUGAAAGAGAGAGAGAGAGAGAGAGAGAGAGAGAGAGUCUUGUUUGCGAGCAGCGAGUCAGCGGUGGGAAUUUAUAAGGAUGUUCGCGAUAAUGCCGAUGGAGACAGAGGGGCACGGCAGGGAGUUCGGCCGCCGGCAGAAGAUGCGUGCCAAAUGCACCGUUGAGUUCGUCUGCAAGUACUGCCAGAGACGCUUCACCAAGCCCUACAACCUCAUGAUACACGAGCGCAGCCACAAGGACGACGUGACCUUCACCUGCGAGGUCUGCGGCAAGUCCUUUAAGCGCCAGGACAACCUCAAACAGCACAGAUGUGGGUGGCGGUGAGCGGGAGCUCGCUCGGGGACCUCCUGCCUUCUCACGCAAAAACACGCACGCACUUGAGAAAAAAAAGCAAAAAAAAAAUAUAAGAAAAUCACGCGCUUAUAAUCUCUGAUCGAAAUAAUGCGAGUGUUGUGCGAUAUACUGUCAACCCCCAGACCCCCACCCAUUAUCCGCUGAAAAAAAUUGUUUUUUUCAUUGCUUUGAAUCUAUACUACGUUAUGUGGAAUCGCGCGUGUCUCUUGAGUGUAUAUCGGCCGCGAGACAGUUUUUUUUUUAAUUUUUGUUCAUUAUAUUAUAUCACAAUAACCGCCUAUACGCUUUGACACAUCAGCCCCAUUUGAAGACAAGCCUCAAUCGCCCAGACUCUACCCUGCAUGCCUAUCUGCAUUGUACUCUAUUAUGAUGAUACUAACCAAUUUGUCACUUUGUGGAGAAGAAAACAACAACGACAACAAAAUGGCAACGUCUGGCGAAAGCUUCUCGCGCGAGCGCACAACGACUUAUAUCGCGCGUCUCUUAUUGGCCCAACUCGCGCUUGUGCAUUUUAUUAUUAUCCUCUUUUUAAUAUACGUUCUCGCACGACUGUGAUAUUUACGAUUGUUUUGUUUGUUUUCUUCUUUUCUUUAUAUAACUUUUGUUCUCGUCGACGAAACUAUGAAAAGAGAGAGCGUAUAUAGAUCUCUGUUUUUUUUCGAUGAUUGUUUGUUAUAUAUAGCGAGCUACGGCCACACGCGAUUACGACGAUAACGUUGUGUCGCGCGUCGCAGCUUUAAUACUUGUAACACUUAUAUAUAAACAGCUUUCGCCGACGGUGUUGGGUAUUAUAUUUCGACUUCGAUACUAACCCUUAAGGACUCUAUAUAUGCCGGCACAUCCUCUCACCUCUCGUUUUGGCACGAUCUCUGUUCCAGGAGCAUACACUCCGUUCCCUACAAGGGUUCCAACGGCUACUCGAAUGGCUAUUCGAAUGGCUACUCUAGGUACUAGAAGCCAUCCGGCCGACUAUCGCCAGUGCCCCACGUCCCUCAAAUCCCGAGUCCUAUCCUCUUCCCGUACCAGAAAAAAAGCACACAUCGGACACCCACGCAAAUGAUGUAUCUAUGUAUUCUAUCCUCUGUCACACGUUACUACACACAUCCCCGAUAUGCAAAAAAACACAUAUCUCCGUCCGCUGUUGUUCGUCGUCGUACGCACACCAUAUCACACACACACACACACGCACACACGCACGUCAUGUAAAACGCUACUUAGGUACCGGCGCUGAUUGACGCGGGACCUUAUUAUCCGUUUGAGCAAAAAAAAAAACAGCAAAAAAAACAAAAGAAAAAAAGAGAACUCCCGCGCUCUCGCUAGUCCAGCAGUCCCUCUUCUCUAUAUCUCUUCUCUACACGUGUCUAUCUUCUCUAUCUCUAUCUAUCUCUAAUCCCUCUGUGUCGCCUCUGUCCCGCAAAACUCCCUCCCGCACAAAUGACAACCGUCUCCUGGCAACAACAACAAAAACAAAAAGAAUCCACCCGUCGAAAGAAGCAACAGCAGCAGCAGCAGCAGCAGCAGCCGAGGAAGGAAGAACACGACCGCAGGGCAGCAGCUCUCUCGAAAUUGGACUAUGUAAUAACGAAGUGAAGCGAUGCUACCGUGGCACGCGCUGCUGCUGCAUCGGCUACCGGUCAGCCACGCCCAGGCCUCCGGCGACACACACGCACACGCGCACACGAAGAGCGAGCUGAGGGUCCGACGAAUUCCUUCCUCCGAGCUCGCUCGCAUAAAAUAUAGUACAUUAUAUUCGUACUCGCACGUGUGCGUGUGUGUGUGUGUGGGUGUGGAUAAAAUAAGGUAUAAGGAAAAAUCUCUUGCGAAAUUCACCGUCUCGUGCGCGCUCUCGCGAAAGUGACGGCCGUCGAAGCGACGGCCCGAUGGCACGAAUAAUAAUUAGCCGCGCAAGCGGGGAACUGCGCGAUAAUGUACGCGCUCCUCCUUUUGUCGACGCGCGGUGGGCUUGAGUUUCAGAGUUGUCGAUUUUAUUCAAAAUAGAGAGAGAGAGAGAGAAAUUGACUCGGUAUAGCUGAUUUAUAAUGAAAGGAUUUUCGCAAUUUCCUAGCGAGAGAAUGAGAUCGCGAAUCGACUGUGUGGAACUCAGGCCAACCCGUGUGUUUGUAUACUGGAGAGAAACUCGAUACAGCCGAGCGCGAGGGAGAAAAGUGUCGCGAUCGGCAGUAUCGCGUUACUCUCCUCUUGUGUCUCUGUGUGAGUAUAACAACGGCAGAACGCGGAAACGAUGUAUCGAGCGAGUAUGAGAGAGAAUGCGAGAAACGAGAGCGCGCACUCGGUCCAGUCGAGCGUUAAUUCUCGCGAAGCGGCAGCUCUGCGGCCUCUCGAUCCUCGAUAUCGAGAGCGAGCCUUUAUUAGCCCUGCUGUCUAAGUGUUAUAUGUGUUUGUGUGUACUCGUGUAUGCAUAUGUAUUAUAUAUAGCAGAGACGCUCGACCGGACCGAGUAUAAGGAAUGUACUUGUUGCGAGGGAGGCGAAUAUCGUCGAAAUUUUCCAUCGCCUUCCGAUCACGCUCGUCUUUUUCUACUUCGGCCUCAUCAUCAAUGUGUGUUUUCCAAGCUUUCCUCCUCUUCACUACUACUACUACUACUACUACUACUACUACUACUAUGUGUAUCUCCAAAAGAAAUGAGACUGCAGUCGCGCUUUGUAAAUAGCUUAACGUAUUACGGCGUUUUUAAUAUUAUUUUAUUAUUAUUAUUAUUAUUAUUAUUAUUAUAUUAUAAAUAAAUAGGACAUCACGAAUAUAAAUAUAUAUUAUUAUAUUAUAUAUUAUACGAGUAAUUUUAUAUAUGAGAAACAAAGUACGAUCGGAUAGUCCUUAGUCAUAUACGUAGCUCUCGAUGGACCUCGAGUCGAAAGAAGAAAAAGAAAAAACGCAAUAAGAGUGUACGCGAACCAAGUGUGUCUCACGUCCUGCUGUACCUAUGUACUGUGAAACGCGCAGGAGCACAACGAUAUAAUUUUUUUUUUUUUUUUUUUUUAUAAAGAAGAAAAGAAACAACACACACACGCAGUUGCAGAAACAUAAUCACACUGUACAAGCUAUAUCUCAAGUCUCUAUCGCUUUAGCUUCACAAACGCUGAUCAUAAAGGCGCGAGCGCGCCUGUAAAGACUUAUCUUAUACAUUAUAAUAUUAUAAUACUCCUUUUUUUUCGCGACGCGCGCGUGCGCGCGUCCCACUACAAUUUCGCAGCGAUCCACGAGCACAUCCCACGCAUUGUGUAGGCACUCUCGUGCGUAUACUAUACUAUAUUAUAUAUAUAUAUGUGUGUGUGUAAUAGGCGAAAAUGAGAUGAGGCGCUUCGUAUGGGCUUCUUUGAAAAAGAAGACACCGCGCGAACGAUUCGAAAAAUAAAAGGAAUUUGUAAUAUUGUCGCAGCGGCUUCGCGUUCUAUGUAUAUGUAUGCUAUUCUAUAUUAUAUGAUCGAGGCAAUGCACAAUCGGGAUAUGACGCAAUGUAUAACUGCUCGCGCGCGCGCGCGGACGAUCCAUCUAGUCGUCCGCGGCGCGCGCGCGCGCACCGAUCUACCAAUAAAAAUUCGCCAAGUCGUAGAACACACUUAAA